AUGAAAAAUUUUAUUUAUAAAACGAAAACUGCGAUGAUAUAAUUUGUGAUAUUCAAUGCCAAACUUGUUAGUAUUAAUCUAGCUAAUGCUUGUUGUGCAAAUAAGGGAGAGAAAAUCCACCUUAAUGCAGUUGCCUAACUAAUUAUUACCCAAAUAUAAAUGGAGAUUGCCUUCCUUGCUAAUAAAAUUAAUACUUUGAUUCAUAAACAUAGUCUUGUAAAGAUUGUGAUAAAAAGUGUAGUUAAUGCUAAAAAUUUAAAGAUUUUUGUACUGAGUGCUAAUCAAACAUGUAUCUUUAAAAUAAUUAAUGCCUAUGUUUAGAGGGAAGUAGUGCUUAUUACUAAGGAUAAUAUACUUGCCUACAAAAUAUGA